AUUUCCAAAACAAAACAAAAAUUUCGCCGACCAACUUUAAACCAACUUUAACUUUAGUUCUUCGGCUCAAUUUUCCACUUAAAAAUCGGCCUUUUUACUUUGAUAUAUUGUAUCUUAGAGGAGAACGUUCUGUGCUUUAAGGAAGACAUUAGACAAAUCCAAGAAUGUCGAUGAUUCCAUUCUUUCCAUCAUUGAUGCCACCGACAACCAACUCUUUGUGGUUCGACAUCGAUGUAGCUUGUGACGAAGACAGCGAAAUAACGGCAUUGGAGACGGAACACCAACAGUGGCUAAACUCAAUUUCUCAAACAGCUUCCGAUCUAAAUCCCCUGGGGAAGACUCCAGCCGAACAGAUUGAUAACGAAACAGACGAGGAAGAUCAAGAUGCCAACGAUGAUGAUAGUGCCGAAAGUGAGAGUCACGAUGAAGAAGAAGAGGACGAUGAAAUUGAACCGAACGGCCUGAUAAUUGACGGAUCAGAUCCGCGAGGCGAUUACGACAAUCCAAUGCCGAUGCUGACUAACAAUGAUUAAGGUUUAUUAAAAAUUACUUGUUAAGUUUGGACUCAUUCCACAAUAAAAAAAAGAAAA